AUGAGAAAGAGAAACAUCAUCCAGGAAGGAAGUGGAAAGCAGUACAAUCUUGCAGUAAAUUCGUUUUCGUUCUUACAGAUUCAAGCAGUAGCAGGUAUAAGCCCAGUCCAGCACCAACUAACGCCUCUGAUUCUUAGGACCUCUUUUUUAGGCUAUACAUAG